AGCCCCUAAAUUCAAAUGGGUUGGACGUCUCUCGCCGUCAUUGGCAAUUGGUUGCAAUCCCACUUGACGUCACGUCACAUCUGACUUUGGGCUUAAAGUCCACUUCGAACACUGUGUUCUUACCGCCCACAAGUGACCACGUGACCCAAUUCAUUUCCUCAACUGCAGCCUGAAGGACUUCUUCUUUCUCCGCUUCAGGCUACUUAAGUUCGUGUCGUGGCUGUGGUGUCGGUUGGGGUUAGUUCUGUCGUGUUAAGGUUGAUCACUCUUUUGGGCCAUGAUGCUCGUGCGCGUACUCGCGCUGGCCGCACUGUUCACCUGUAGCGUCCGGCGCGUGCGCGGCGGCGGUGGUGGCGGGGAGGUGACCAGCAACAUCCUCCUCAUCGUCACUGACGACCAGGACCAAAAUCUGGGGGGCAUGACGCCAAUGAAGAAGACCAAAUCUUUAAUCGGGGACGCAGGAGUGACCUUCGUCAAUUCGUUCACAGUGACGCCACUUUGCUGCCCGAGCCGCUGUAGCAUCCUGACAGGUCGCUACCCACACAAUCACAUGGUUCGAAACAACUCUGUCGCCGGCAACUGCUCCAGCGCAGCAUGGCAGAGCACCGGCGAGUCAGAAGCCUUCCCUGUCUAUCUCAGCAAGCGCGGCUACCAAACAUUCUUCGCCGGGAAGUACCUCAACCAGUACGGCAAGAAAGAAGUUGGUGGUGUGUCACAUGUUCCGCCAGGUUGGGACCAGUGGCAUGUGCUAGUGGGCAACUCUCGCUACUACAACUACACUCUGUCUCGAAACGGCGUGGAGGAGAAGCACGGCGACAGCUACGCCGACGACUACCUGACCGACCUCAUCGCCAACCGCUCACUUCAAUUCCUGGAAAACCGCAGUCCACAGCGCCCGUUCUUUUUGAUGCUGGCGCCACCCGCGCCCCACUCGCCCUGGACUGCCGCCCCGCAGUAUAGUAAAAGCUUCAGCGAUGUCAAAGCACCUCGGGACGGUAGCUUUGACAAAGCGGCCAAGGACAAACAUUGGCUGCUGCGCCAAGCAGUUAACCCCAUGACCAACGGUACACUGGCGUUUUUGGACGAUGCCUACCGUAAGAGGUGGCAGACACUGCUUUCCGUGGACGACAUGGUGGAGAAGCUGGUGAGAAAGCUGGACGACCUACAAGAGCUCAACCACACAUACGUCUUCUUCACGUCAGACAAUGGCUACCACACAGGUCAAUUUUCUCUCCCCAUUGACAAGCGUCAGCUGUAUGAGUUUGAUAUCAGGACACCGUUGCUGGUCCGCGGUCCCGGUGUCAAACCCAACAUCACGUUGAAGGCUCCCGUGCUGAACAUCGACUUGGCACCGACCAUUCUGGACAUCGCUGGAGUGGACGCUGCCGAUGUGGACGGACAGUCCUUCCUGCCUCUGAUGGCGCCGUCCUUGCGCAACGGCUCGGCGCGGCCCUUCUUCCUGGUUGAGCACAUGGGCGAGGGGCUUUCCAGCGGGGACCCUGCCUGCCCCGAGAUGGGCCCCGGCUUGUCGCAAUGUUUCCCCGACUGCGUGUGCGAGGACUCUUUCAACAACACCUACGCUUGCGUCAGGACGCUGGACGGACGCGACGACAUGCAGUACUGUGAAUUCGCCGACAACGAGUCCUUCGUGGAGGUGUAUAACUUGACCUCAGACCCCCACCAGCUGGAAAACAUUGUGAAGAAGGUGGACCCGACCAUACUGCAGACCAUGAACCAGCGCCUUAUCAAGCUGCAGUCAUGCCAGGGCGCCGGAUGCCGCACCAUCUCCACGUGAGCGUCGGAGAACGGGCCGUCGAGACGGUGACGAGUGUUGUUUUCUGCCUGGAAAAAAAAAACUGGACCAAAGCCACCAUUUUGAUUAGCACCUGCGUUGACUCCAUUUUGAGGAACAGACCUUGUGUGCAUUCCCCUUAAUCACUCCUUUUGUAUUGAAUAAAAUUAAGCCAUGUUGUUAAACCAUUGGCUGCCAUCGACGGUGAUAGAAGUCUAAUCUGUUUUGACUGGGAGGGUUGGCAGUGAUCACCGUCCAAUGGCAGUGAAACAUGAUUGAUGGUGAUCCCUUUUAUGAUUAAUGUUGAAUAAUUUUGCGAUCGAUCGCUUAACUCAUUUGGCUGCCAUUGACGGCGCUAGGUGUCCAAUCCAUUUAGACUGGAAGGGGCGAACGAACUAGCUUAGCCUGUUGACAGUCAUCUGUAGGAAAUUGAGUUUUUCUUAUCGCUGUGCCUUUUGUCACUUUUUAAAAAUCGGACUUACGUCAUUUACAAAGCCAUGAAAUUGAAUCAUUUUUAAUUGUUUUGUUAUUUGUUGUGAUUGUUUGCACUGCUGAGGCCUUCAAUGUCAAUGUUUGCACUGUACCAAUGAAAUUAAAUUGAAAGAUGCUUUCUUAUGUUACUCAUGUUUUUAUUGCAUGUCAAUACUGUGAAUCAAUCAGGAAUGUCCCAAAAAUUGGAGGUUGUUUGAGAAUGUCCGUCACAGAUACUUGUAAACUUGCUUCUCCCGCAGCGUCUGCACCUCCAGCUUGACGGGGCAUUUGUAAAAGUGUGCCAGGAGCGACUCUGUGUACCCGAUGAGGAAGUAGAACCUGUUCGGAGGCAGCUUUUGCAGCAGCAGGACACACACCGUCAACACGUUGCCGCGCCGCUUGAUCACCACUUCGUUGGCCAGGCAGCCGUGGAAAGUCCCGAAUAUCAGGCGCCGGAUGAACGUGUCCUCCACAGCGCGCUCCGCCGCGCCCUCUUCGCCUUUUAGGUUACCUGCAAGAAAAUUCAACUUUAAGUCCACAUUUUACAGGGGAAUUUUAUUCAAAACCAAGUCUAAAAUUUUCCCUUGAAAGUGAUACCUAAGGAGAGAACGCUUGAGACUACAAAUUCCCACUGAUCUUCAUCACAGUCAAUGACCGCAAUGGAUGUCAAAGAAACAAAGAUGACCCAAGGAAUUAUAAAAUUGUUGACUGCACAAUGAAAAUAUGAAUAUAUAAAAUAUUUUUUAAAUUAAAAAGAUUAAAGAAUAAAAAUAAUUAUUUUCCCUUUUUGAAAAAAAGCAAUAUUUAACCAAACAUUAUUUACAAGGAGAAUAUUUGCCAUGUUUUCCCCUUCCAGUUGUUAAAGAGAGAAAAACAAAAAAGUACUAGUAUUAUAAAUUUCUUUGGCUACCAUUGACGGUGAUGGAGAGUUGAUUUUAAGGCGUAUAUGACACCAAAAAGCAGGUUUAUUUCAUAUUAAACACGAUAUUUUAUGCUCCUGAAUGAAUUGGACUGCUAGGAUGUGUGUGGAAGCAAUUGAUAAUAUAUAUAUUCAAAUUUUUGAAAUCCCACGCCAUGAAAAUGAGUGACUUCCGGCCAAAGUCUCGAAUUGAGUAAGAAGACGGAUGUGACGUCAGUGGAUGAGAUCAUCUUCACUAUACAGUAAGGGUGUAACGGUACAUGUAUUUGUAUUGAACCGUUUCGGUACGGGGUGCUCGUUUCGGAACGGAGGCGUACCGAACUAGUUUCUGACGUAAUGUAAACCUUACUUUUCGAGGCUGUGAGUCGAUCAGUUUACAGUUUCUUUGUGUACAUUAUAUCUACUCAGUCUCCUCUACUAUAAUGAGGACCAACACGGUAGGACAGUUAAGAAACGUCAACCGCGCGACAACAUGGCCGCUGCGAGAACGCAAUGAAAAGCGGGCGUUAAAGUCAAUCAGCCAAUGCACACCAGUCGCAGUGCGGCCACGUGUUAGACCUGUCCCAGAAGUGGCUCAACGCGACGCACGCGAAAAGAACGGCAGAGUUGAUUAUUUGACGCGAGACGCGGCCCUCCUGCGUCAAUACUACUAGCUAGGAUCGGGCAGACCUGAGGUCACUCGUGUAAAAAUACGGUAGAUCCGGUCGAUUUUCAAACUAAUAUGCAAUCGUAACCCACUUUUUGAGUCGAUCAGAUCUCUUGAGUGGUAGAUCGGGGCACAGUUGACUUGUCUUUGUUGAUUUACUGCGGUCUUCGCUGCUAUAAUAAUAACCAACACGGCCCCGUGUUCGAUACAAAACCAUCCUACCACAACAAAACAAGUAGGAACUAAUAUUCACAUAGGAACGAAAGUUAUACAACAUAAAAUAUACAAUAUAAAUGAAUACUGCAUCACAUUUGUAAAAUAUAAACACAUAUCAAAAUAAAUAAUAGCCCAUUUCAAUAAAACAAAUUGAAAUGAGCUAAAACACCUGUAAUUAAAUAAUAAGAAUAAUGCACAGAUCUUGCUUACACAAUUAAAUUUAUUAAUUUUUGUGUGGCGCUUUUACUUGAGAAAAUCCACCAAUAAAGCUUUUGAGAACCGUUCAUGAGAAAAAAAUGAUUCAUUGAGGCAUUUCAUUUGUAAAAUACAUGUUAAAAUCUUUGUCAUUGGGAUUGCUUUUCUCUUUAGCACAGGACUUCUUUUAAGAAAGCUGACCAAUACGCGGAGUCUGAAAGGCAAAUUGUUGUUGGAUUAUUAUCUUUAAAUACCCGCUACUUUUUGAGCAGAAUUCUAGCUUUGUAUAGGCUAAUGUUCCUAUUGUUGAAAGCACAAAAGUGUGUAAUAAACAACUAGUACAUUUAUAUUUUGCAUUUUGUUUUCUUACUGUACUGAAAAUGAACUGACCCGUGACCUCAAAACCGAGGUACGUACCGAACCGAGAUUUUUGUGUACCGUUACACCCCUACUAUACAGCCAUACUAUUGUAUGCAGAAGGACUGCUGAUUAUCAUAUGCACUUUAAAG